AGUUCAGGAUCCGCACGCAGGUCAUCCUCAGCAGAGGGCUGUACACGUUUAGCAUGCAAGGACAAUACUCUUAAAUGGCGCCUGUCAAAAGGAAACUAUACGACCGCUUGCUCCUUUUCUCGGUUUACCUCCAAAUCUCAGGUGCGCUGAGCUUCAGCGAGCUGUUUUUCGUCGCAGAGCCGCAGGGCGUGACGGUGGUCCGGGGCGACGCGGUGGUUCUGGACUGCCAGGCCCAGGGAGCGGCACCCAUCACGGUCCGCUGGCUCCGGAACGGGCUCCAGCUGUCCGAGAGUGAGCGGAUCCACCGCCUCCCCAACGGAUCGCUCUACCUGGCCGAGGCGGAGAGCAGGAGGGGAGACAAAUCAGACGAGGGCUCCUAUCAGUGCCUGGCUCAGAACAAGCACGGCGCCGUCCUGAGCCAGAAGGCCCGACUGACAAUCGCAAGUAUUUCCUCCUUCACGAGCCAGCCCUCCUCCAUUGUGGUGACCGAGGGCUCCGUGGGACGGCUGGCCUGCAGCAUUAACUCCAACCCCCCCCCCAUCAUCACCUGGGAGUUCAACCGUGUCACCCUGCCCCUGAGCACUGAAAGACUCACCGUGCUUCCCGGCGGCGUUCUCCAGAUCCACGCCGUGCGGGCGGAAGACGCCGGCAACUACCGCUGCAUAGCAACCAACAUCGCCAACCGCCGCCGCAGCGUGGAGGCCACGCUCACCGUCACGCCCGCCCUCCUCCCCCCUCCCCCCCAGAGGCCCCUGAUCGUGGCGGGGCCCCAGAACACCUCGGUGGCCCUGCACCACAGCGCGGUGCUGGAGUGCCUGGCGACGGGCAGCCCGCGGCCCCUGAUCUCCUGGAGCCGCGCCGACGGGCGCUCCAUCGACGUGCAUCACAGCCGGGUGCUCGGCAACGGGAACCUGGUGCUGUCCGCCGCGCGGCCGCAGCACGCCGGGGUGUACGUGUGCCGCGCCUCCACGCCCGGGACCCGCACCCACAGCCUGGCCCACGCCAACGUUACCGUGCUCGCCCCGCCCUCCCUGGUGGAGGCGCCCCAGAGCCUGACCCGCCCCCGCGCCGGGACGGCCCGCUUCGUGUGCGCGGCGGCUGGCGCCCCCGCCCCCCUCGUCACCUGGCUGAAGAACGGCGAGAGGGUUCGCCCCAACGGCCGCGUCAAGAUGUACAACAGCAAACUGGUGAUCAACCAGCUCACGGCGGAGGACGACGGCGUGUACCAGUGCCAGGCGGAGAGCGCGCUGGGCUGCGUCCUGGCCGCGGCGCGGCUGGUGGUGGUGGUGUCGGAGGACCGGCCCAGCGCCCCGCGCGGCCUGCGGGCCGAGGCCGUGUCCAGCACCGCCGUGCUGCUGGCCUGGGACCGCCCCCUCUACAACGCCGCCAAGGUCAUCGCCUACUCCGUCCACUACAUGAAGGCCGAAGGCAUGAACAACGAGGAGUACCAAGUCGUCAUCGGCAACGACACGACGCGCUACAUCAUCGACGACCUGGAGCCCGCGCGGAACUACACCUUCUACAUCGUGGCCUACAUGCCCAUGGGCGCUAGCUGCAUGUCGGACCCCGUGGUGGGCAAGACGCUGGAAGACGUCCCGCUGCGGGCCCCUGAGCUCAGCCUGACCAGCCGCAGCCCGACGGACAUCGCGGUGUCCUGGGCGCCGCUGCCUGCCAAGCUGAGCCGCGGCCGCAUCACGGCGCUCCGGCUGGCGUUCCGCAGCGGCGCCGAGCCGACGCCCACCACGCUGGAGCUCCCCGGGGGGCGGGGCCAGCACCUGCUGACGGACCUCCGCCCCGACACCACCUACCUGCUGCGCAUCACGGCCGCCACCGGGGCCGGCUGGGGCGAGCCCUCCGCCUGGACCUCCCACCGCACCCCCAAGGCUUCCAGCGCCAAAGUGCCCCUGGCCCCCCUGCUGACCGUGGACCCCCUGAACUGCACCACCCUCAGCCUCAGCUGGUCCCUGGCCCCGGGCCACUCCGUCCGGGUCCUGGGCUACCGGGUCUACUACCACGAGGAGAGCCGCCCCGAGGGCCCCGCCCUGCUGCUGAGGCCCUCCGACAGCCGACACACCAUAGGAGGCCUGGACCCCAGGAAGAAGUACCACGUGAAGAUCCUGGCCUUCAACGCCCUUGGAGACGGUUACCACGCCGACCGGACCGUCAGCACUCCCGGAUGUGUCUCGGUGCGGGACCGCCUGGUGCCUCCGCCCCCCCCGCCCCACCACCUCCACGCCCAGACCAACAGCUCCAGCCGCAUGUUCCUGCACUGGGCCCGGCCCGCCUUCACCAGCCGCACCCUCAACUACACCGUCCGCUGCCACGCCCACGGGCUGAAGAACGCCUCGCUGGUGCUCUACCUGCAUACGAGUGAAGAGAAGCUGCUGGUCCAGGACCUGGAGCCCAACACCCGCUAUGAGUUCGCCAUCCGGCUGCACCUGGACCAGCUGUCCAGUCCCUGGAGCCCCGUGGUCUACCAGAGCACCUUCCCCGAGGCCCCGACGCAGCCCCCCUCCCAGGUCAAGGUGUCCCUGGUGCAGGACUCCACGGCGCUGGUGUCCUGGAGGCUCCCGGCCCGGGACCAGCUGGGGGUGACGCACUACACCAUCCUGUACGCCUCCAGGAAGGCCUGGGCCGCCGGCCAGUGGCAGGUGCUGCAGAGAGACGGGGGCAGCAGCAUGGCUCUGCUGGAGAGGCUGCAGCCCGGCCAGGUGUACCUGGUCAAGGUGUCGGCCUCCAACCAGAUGGGUGACGGGCCCUUCUCCCCCCCCGUGGAGCUGGCCCUGGGGCCCGACACUGGCUCCCACCACGCCCACGGUCCCCCGCACAACCCAGUUCCCUCCGAGGGUUUCUUGGCCCUGAACCAGACACCGCUGACGGCCGUGCUGGUGGGCGUGUGCGUGGCUUUGCUCUGCAUCAUGUCUGCCAUCAUCAUCGCCUGCAGAGGCCAGAGCAGGAAACUAUUGGCUGCUGAUAAGUACAGUGAGAGGACAGGUGGAGGUCUGGGUGGAGGUCUGGGUGGAGGUCUGGGUGGAGCAGGCGUUCGGAGGUCUGAAGCCCAGGCGGGAGAGGAAGAGGUUGUGAUGCCCAUGAUGAGUGGAGACCACUUUAUCGAUGCCAAGGGGGGAACGGACCUGAUGAUCAACAGCCUGGGGCCGGUGAAGCCCCUCCCUGAAGAGAAGAGGAAGAAGAAGUGGGCGUUCUUCAGGAGGGACCAGAAGAACGUGGAGGAGAUACAGGUGCCGACCAGCGGAGCCGGGAGGCCGCUGUCCUACCACCAGGGGGCCACAGCCCUGUGCUACGAGGUGGAGCUGUCCCCCCCGCCGGGGCCCGGGCCCCCAGGGGCCCUGCCUGGACACCGAGGGCUCGUCGGGCAGCGAGGGCAGCCAGGACACGGGCGACUCCGGCCGCUACUCCCACGACGGCACCGAGAUGGCCGUCCUCUGCUCUGGCCUCCGCAGCCGGCCCGCCUCGCUCAGCACAGAGGAGAGCGGGGGGUCGGAGGUCAGCCGGGAGGAGCUGGAGGAGCAGGAGCUGGAGGAGCCGGAGCUGGAGGAGCAGGAGGAAGAGAAGCUGUGCCAUUCGGGCCUGAAGAUAAGAGUGACCGCUGAGAUAAGCUGCCAUCAGUACCAACAGACCCAGAACGGCUCCCAGCCGGCACUUUCUCUGUGUGUGUAACUGUCAACGUGUGUGAGCGUGUGACUGUUGAUCACUGUUAGUGUGUGAGCGUGUGCGUGAGAGAGAGAGCGUGACAGAGACCUGGCUGCCCAGUAUUUGCUGUUGUUCUAAGAGACAAUGAACAGAAGCAGACCAAGGUCACCACGGCUGGGAUGUGUUCUUCAACGUCUCCUCUGAGUGAAUGUUUUCUUUCUUUUAUUUCUGUUUGUAUGUUUGCUCGUUUUCCGAAGAGAAAUCUCACCCACCAUGAAUGUUUCAAAAGAUUGUCAAAGAAUGUGAAUGUUGACAUUUCUCGGCAGUACUUAGCAGUUUUUUCACUGGAGCAGCGAUGGACGCCAGAGUCCCUUAGUGUUUGAGGCGUCUCUCAGCCGUUCCCCAACGUAUUUAAUGCCUAGACCCCCUGGUCAGGAACACGGGGGGUGGGGGGGGGGGGGGUUGUCGGUGCUCCACCACGAGCCAGUAUUAUCCAGUUCUACGUUUGAAGAUGUUCUUUCUGCGUCCGCCUGCGGUCGCCCUUGCAGGUCCUGUUUUAUACUACCUAAUUUUAACAAAUUAUUUUAUUGUCUUUUUGCUCAGGGAACAAGGUUUAGCACAUUGAAAAGUCAUGUAGCUCCUACAUGGCUGACAGGGUAUCUUCUCAGUGCUAAACCGUUCUAAUAUGUAAUAACUCAGAUGUUUGCAGUGAAUGUAUUCCCCUGCCGGUUCUCUACAGGCCGGUCCUGCCUCUCAGAUGGAACUCCUCUUUUGAUUUUUAUGUGAGUCGUUUGCAGACUCUUUAGUUUGAGUUUUCUUUUUGAAGUAAAAAGAAUGCGUACCGAAGUGCUUGAAUUGAUGCAGUCCAGCAGCCCUUAAAGCGUCAAACUGGCCUUAGCGUGGGGGUCUCUCUCAGUGGGGGGCCCACACAUGGGGGUCAGGAAGCGUAUGAUUGUAGGGCAGAAAUGUGCGACUUUAAUCAAAGAAGAAAGAUAAAUAUUGAAUGAAACACCAUGAAAACCUUUUCCCUAAAGAGGGAUCUCUGGUGUUUGUGCUUCUGGGUACAUGCAGUAAUACCCUGGUAGUUUUUACUGUAGGGUAGAUGAAGAUUAGCACUUGUCUGUCCAGUAGAGAUUAGUUUGAUCAUCGUCUUCAUCUUCAUCAAGUGAUGUGCUGCGGUGGCAGAUGCCAUGAACCAAAGAAUUGUUUGCUUGCCUCAUUUCCAUUUUAUUUCUUUGAAGUCCCACCGACUGGUCACUGGCUUCAUUUUUGUAUUUGUUGAAUGAAGUUGGAAGCCAGCUUAGCAUAUCAGUUGAGAUGCUGCUUCCCAAUCAAAGCCUUGCACCUCGGUGCCCUUGCCCUGUGAUCAGCUCUGCCGUGGGCUCUCUCUCAAAGGGCAAAAAGAAUCCAAAGGCCCCCCAUGAUGAAAGAAGGGAGCUUUAUUCUAAUCAGCAUCAGCGCACCAAUCAGAAGGUCCCCUCGCAGCCGUCCUUAAAGAAUCUCACUGUUGCGCGUGGAUUUGUGUACAUUGUAGACAGAAUUUAUACGCAGUUAAAGAGUAUUAUAUCGCUUCCAAGCCUACGUCGCAACAGUUUAGUCAUGUAUGGGCAUUCAGUGACUUUCACUCAUUUGUUGAAGAUACGGGUCGAUAUCGGCCAGUACAUAUUGGCCUGUUGAAGGUACUACUACUAUAAACUCUUAACAAGUUUUGAGCCUGGUGAUGUGUUUGAAAGUCUUGGAUGUUCCGAUCUAUGCACAUGAAUGUAUGUCAAUCAGAGGGGCUGCUGGGGAUCCAAUCCGAUAAUUAAUCGCGAUGUGUUUGUACGGAAGGAAAAACAAUCAACACAAGCAACAAUGAAAACCAAAGAUUAUUUUGUCACCGUUGCAUAUCGGCAAAAGAACAAUUAAACAGCACACUGUCUCUUUGUGAUGCUUUUCCUUUUGUAUAGUGAUGUUUUUGUAAACUAAAAGACUACUUAGUGUUCCUACGACAUUGCAAGCCGCCAGGAGAUGUUUGAAAGUGUGGUUGUGAACAAAUCAUUUAUUUCCAACACCUUUCAAGAACAGUCUUUAUUUUGUGGAGCAGCGAUGGAUGUUUCAGUUGCUGUACUAGUGGUUUUAUUGCUACGCAAGUCCCAUUUCUCGUGCAAUGACGUCAGAACUGGGUUCAUGUUUGACUUAAGUGCUCUCACUUUGAUGCAGUUGAAUAAGUAAGAGAAGUAUGAGGCCCAGUCCACAACCUGAAGAUAAGCUCUGUUACUUUGACGCAGUCUACUGGAAACCAAAUCUGUUUACACAACUGAAUCCCCAAACCCAAUCCAAUCUGGAUUGUAGAUUUUGUUUCUACCAUGAUUUCAGAGUCUACAGGUUCUGGAUUGGGUCUCUGAAUGGUAAAGCUAAAUAAAUGCUACCUCAUUACGUUCUGCUUUUUCCUUAUAUUUAUAACGAAUGCCAAAUAGCCUACGACUCAUCGGAUAAGAAUGUCUGACACUUUGUUUUGUUUCCUGGAAGUUCAUUCCUGAAUGUGUGAAUUUAAGGGGCGGAGCCUGGUUUGUGUGGCUCCUCCCCUCUGCAGUAGAACAUGACGAGCUGGUUUCAGCCGGUUUCAGGGGGUCGGCGCGACAGCCAUUUCACAGUUGAACUCAGGGAGCUGCCGCUGCCCCCCCUCCGGACCAGACUCUUGAAUAUUGAAUGUACCUUUUGUAAUAAGAAUGUUUUUUGUUCAGUGUCCAUGUCUUGACAUAUUUGGUCCAUUUUGUUUUUGUCUGAAUUACAAGUUAUAUCGACGCUCCGCCCCAAAUGGUUCAGUGGUUGAAUGUAAGCAGUUUUAUACCGCCUUUAAUUGUGAAAGAGGAAUUCUAGUUUCAAUAAAAUUAUAGAAAUAGAAA